GGCGGAGCGCCACGGGUUGGCUCCUUACAGAGGCUCGCCAGGAUCCCGGUGGAGCGAAAGGAGGGGGGUAGUCCCGGUAGCUCCUACCUCCCAGCGAUGGCGCCGCGGUGCCGCGCCCAGUCUCCUGCCUACCAGCCCGUAUUCACAGCGAUUGGGAACCCAGUCAGACGGUGAGAAUUGAAGCGGGUCCGAGGGAGCGGCGGGACGCUGCCUGCCACGGGGACCAUGAGGAGCCGUCAGACCUGUGGGGCCGAUAGCGGGAGCAGCCGCGGCACCUGCUGAGAGGAAAGAGGGAGCGGCCGGGUGCGGCGGCGCGGCUGGGGUACGGCGGAGGCUCGCCGGUGCCUCGGCCAUGUCGCUGCUCUGUGUACGCGUUAAAAGAGCCAAAUUCCAGGGCUCACCAGAUAAAUUUAAUACAUAUGUGACCUUGAAAGUGCAGAAUGUGAAGAGCACAACUGUAGCAGUUCGUGGUGAUCAGCCUUCUUGGGAACAAGAUUUUAUGUUUGAGAUUAAUCGCCUGGACCUGGGUCUAAGUGUGGAGGUAUGGAACAAAGGACUGAUCUGGGACACCAUGGUGGGGACCGUGUGGAUUGCACUGAAGACUGUUCGUCAGUCGGAUGAGGAAGGGCCUGGGGAGUGGUCCACGUUGGAGGCAGAGACAUUGAUGAAAGAUGAUGAGAUCUGUGGAACUAAAAACCCAACUCCUCAUAAGAUUUUGCUUGAUACAAGAUUUGAGUUGCCUUUUGAUAUCCCAGAGGAGGAAGCCAGAUAUUGGACCUACAAAUUGGAACAAAUCAAUGUCUUGGGAGCUGACAGUGAGUAUUCGAUUCAAGAAGAAAGCCAGAGGAAGCCAUUGCCCACUGCUGCCGCCCAGUGUUCUUUUGAAGAUCCUGAUAGUGCCGUUGAUGACCGAGAUAGUGACUAUCGCAGUGAGACCAGCAACAGCAUCCCACCUCCUUACCAUACGACUUCCCAGCCCAAUGCUUCUGUGCACCAGUUCACUGUGCCAGUGGGAUUGCCACAGCAGCUGCUACUUCAGGGCAAUUCCCGGGAUUCCUGCAAUGACUCUAUGCAAAGUUAUGAUCUUGAUUAUCCAGAGCGGCGGGCUCUCAGCCCCACCAGCAGUAGUAGGUAUGGCUCCUCCUGUAAUGUGAGUCAAGGAAGCUCUCAGUUGAGUGAGCUAGACCAGUGUCAUGAACAAGAUGAUGACCGUCGGGAGAGGGACUCCAUUCAUUCGUGCCACAGCUCUGACAGCUUCUCUAGAGAUGGCCAAGUGGGUUUUGGAGAACAAGAGAAAGCCUUGGAGGUGACAGAUGAAGAAGAGAAGGGGAGAGCCUGUGAACCCAAGGAGAGGAAAGAAGAUGCCACAAUCCUUCCUCCCCCAGAUCUGGUGCUACACAAAGACCACAUCCUAGGCCCCCAGGAGAGUUUUCCUGAGGAAAAUGCUUCUUCGCCAUUUACCCAAGCCAGAGCACACUGGAUCCGAGCAGUUACCAAGGUCCGACUCCGGCUGCAGGAGAUUCCAGAUGAUGGUCACCCCUCUUUGCCCCAGUGGCUCCCAGAAGGGCCAGCUGGAGGGCUCUAUGGCAUUGACAGCAUGCCAGAUCUACGCAGAAAGAAGCCACUGCCGCUUGUCAGUGAUCUGUCAUUGGUCCAGUCCCGGAAGGCAGGGAUUUCUUCUGCAAUGGCUACACGCACCUCUCUCAAGGAUGAAGAGCUGAAAUCCCAUGUGUAUAAGAAAACCCUGCAGGCCUUAAUCUACCCCAUCUCGUGCACCACACCUCACAACUUUGAGGUCUGGACGGCCACUACCCCGACCUACUGCUAUGAAUGUGAAGGUCUGCUCUGGGGCAUUGCCCGGCAGGGCAUGCGCUGCAGUGAGUGUGGAGUCAAGUGCCAUGAGAAGUGCCAGGACCUGCUCAACGCCGACUGCCUGCAGCGGGCUGCAGAAAAAAGUUCUAAACAUGGAGCUGAGGACCGGACCCAGAACAUAAUCAUGGCCAUGAAGGACCGCAUGAAGAUCCGAGAGCGGAAUAAGCCAGAGAUCUUUGAGGUUAUCCGAGAUAUCUUUACUGUAAGCAAAGUUGCCCAUGUGCAACAGAUGAAAACAGUGAAGCAGAGUGUACUGGAUGGCACCUCCAAAUGGUCGGCCAAAAUUACCAUCACUGUGGUGUGUGCCCAGGGCCUACAAGCCAAGGACAAGACAGGAUCCAGUGACCCUUACGUGACUGUGCAAGUGGGCAAAACCAAGAAGCGUACCAAGACUAUUUUUGGGAACCUGAAUCCUGUUUGGGAAGAGAAGUUCCAUUUUGAGUGCCACAACUCUUCUGACCGCAUCAAGGUACGUGUGUGGGAUGAGGAUGAUGACAUCAAGUCGAGAGUAAAGCAGCGGCUAAAGCGAGAGUCUGAUGAUUUCCUUGGCCAAACCAUUAUUGAGGUUCGGACACUGAGUGGUGAGAUGGACGUCUGGUACAACUUGGAGAAGAGGACAGAUAAAUCAGCCGUCUCAGGGGCUAUCCGACUACAAAUCAGUGUGGAGAUCAAGGGGGAGGAGAAGGUAGCACCAUAUCACGUGCAGUAUACGUGUCUCCAUGAGAACCUUUUCCAUUACCUCACAGACAUUCAGGGUAGUGGAGGAGUCCUGAUCCCUGAGGCUCGAGGAGAUGAUGCAUGGAAGGUGUACUUUGAUGAAACUGCCCAAGAAAUUGUGGAUGAAUUUGCCAUGCGCUAUGGCAUCGAGUCCAUAUAUCAGGCCAUGACGCACUUUGCAUGUUUGUCAUCCAAGUACAUGUGUCCUGGUGUGCCAGCAGUGAUGAGCACCUUACUGGCCAACAUCAAUGCCUACUAUGCCCACACAACUGCCUCCACCAAUGUCUCUGCAUCUGAUCGCUUUGCAGCCUCCAACUUUGGGAAAGAGAGAUUUGUAAAGCUACUGGACCAGCUGCACAACUCACUGAGGAUUGACCUCUCUACCUACAGGAAUAAUUUCCCUGCUGGAAGCCCUGAGCGGCUUCAGGACUUGAAGUCAACAGUGGAUUUGCUGACCAGCAUUACUUUCUUCAGAAUGAAGGUGCAAGAACUGCAGAGCCCUCCAAGAGCCAGCCAGGUGGUAAAGGAUUGUGUGAAGGCCUGUUUGAACUCCACAUAUGAAUAUAUCUUCAACAACUGCCAUGACUUGUACAGUCGCCAGUACCAGCUGAAACAGGAACUACCUCCAGAGGAACAAGGACCCAGCAUUCGGAACCUGGAUUUUUGGCCCAAACUCAUCACACUCAUUGUGUCAAUCAUAGAGGAAGAUAAGAAUUCCUACACACUCAUUCUGAACCAGUUUCCUCAAGAGUUGAAUGUGGGAAAAGUCAGCGCGGAAGUGAUGUGGCAGCUCUUUGCCCAAGACAUGAAAUAUGCUCUGGAGGAGCAUGAAAAAGACCGGCUGUGUAAGAGUGCUGACUACAUGAACCUACACUUCAAGGUGAAGUGGCUUCACAAUGAAUAUGUGCGAGAUCUGCCUGCCCUCCAGGGGCAGGUGCCUGAGUACCCAGUGUGGUUUGAGCAGUUUGUCCUGCAGUGGCUGAAUGAAAAUGAGGACGUGUCCCUGGAAUUCCUGCGUGGGGCCCUGGAACGAGAUAAGAAGGAUGGGUUCCAGCAGACAUCAGAACAUGCACUCUUUUCCUGCUCUGUGGUGGAUGUCUUCACACAGCUCAACCAGAGCUUUGAGAUCAUCCGGAAGCUGGAAUGCCCAGACCCCAACAUCCUUGCCCACUACAUGAGGAGAUUUGCUAAGACCAUCGGGAAGGUGCUGAUGCAGUAUGCAAACAUCUUAUCAAAGAGCUUCCCAGAUUAUUGCACAAAGGAGAAAAUGCCCUGCAUCCUGAUGAACAACAUGCAGCAACUGAGGGUCCAGCUGGAGAAAAUGUUUGAGGCCAUGGGAGGCAAGGAGUUGGACCCUGAAGCUGCAGACAGUUUGAAGGAGCUGCAGGUGAAACUGAAUACAGUUCUGGAUGAGCUCAGCAUGGUAUUUGGAAACAGUUUUCAGGUGCGGAUUGAUGAGUGUGUUCGACAAAUGGCUGACAUCCUGGGCCAGGUGCGGGGCCCAGGGAAUGCAUCCCCCAACGCCAGGGCCUCAGUGGCACAGGAUGCAGAUAGUGUGCUCCGGCCCCUCAUGGACUUCCUGGAUGGCAACCUCACACUCUUUGCCACUGUGUGUGAGAAGACAGUCCUGAAGCGUGUACUGAAGGAGCUCUGGCGAGUGGUAAUGAACACAAUGGAAAGGAUGAUUGUUCUACCCCCACUCACUGACCAGACGGGCACCCAGCUGAUCUUCACUGCUGCCAAGGAGCUGAGCCAUAUUUCCAAACUCAAGGACCACAUGGUACGAGAGGAAACCCGGAGUCUCACUCCAAAGCAGUGUGCCAUCCUUGACCUUGCUCUGGACACCAUCAAGCAAUACUUUCAUGCUGGAGGUAAUGGGCUGAAGAAAACCUUCCUGGAGAAGAGCCCAGAUCUGCAGUCCCUACGCUAUGCCCUGUCUCUGUACACACAGACCACAGACACACUCAUCAAAACCUUUGUGCGCUCACAGACUGCCCAGGGGUCUGGUGUGGAUGAUCCUGUGGGAGAAGUCUCUAUUCAGGUGGACUUGUUUACACAUCCUGGAACUGGGGAGCACAAGGUCACAGUGAAAGUGGUAGCUGCCAAUGACCUCAAGUGGCAGACAGCAGGUAUGUUCCGGCCCUUUGUGGAAGUGACCAUGAUUGGCCCACACCAAAGUGACAAGAAGAGGAAGUUCACAACCAAAUCAAAGAGCAACAACUGGGCUCCCAAGUACAAUGAAACAUUUCACUUCCUCCUGGGAAAUGAAGAGGGACCAGAAGCCUAUGAAUUGCAAAUAUGUGUGAAAGAUUACUGCUUUGCCCGUGAGGAUCGUGUUCUGGGGCUGGCUGUGAUGCCUCUGAGGGAUGUGGCAGCCAAAGGCAGCUGUGCUUGCUGGUGCCCCUUGGGCCGGAAGAUCCACAUGGAUGAGACAGGCAUGACUAUUCUCCGGAUUCUAUCUCAGAGGAGCAAUGACGAAGUGGCUCGAGAGUUUGUGAAGCUCAAAUCGGAGUCUCGUUCCAUAGAAGAGGGAAGUUGAGCACCUAGGUUCCUGUGCCAACCAGAUGGCAUCAGUUCCACAAGUCAUGACCAAUGAGAGUUACUAUGUAGCCAGCUUAGGAUCCUCAUAGUUGAGAGGCUGACUCCUUCAGUUUAAGGAAAUUAAAGGAAAAAUUUGGGGUGAUAAGAGUAUGGCCUUUCACAGAAAGGGUCAUGAAUCCCUGACCAGCAGGUCUGUAAUGCUAGGAGCUGGGCUGUGGGGGUUACUGCAUAAGGAGGUUUUCCAUAAAGGUAGGGACAGACAUUUAUGAGAGUGUCAGCCAUUCUUGGUAGACACUCCUUCACCCCACACCCCAUCUCCACCCCUCUCCAUGCCACACCUUAUCCAGCUAGACCCAUACAUAUCAACCAUUAGAAGAACAAGUUUAGAGAGCUUGGAGCAUGUACCUGGUUAGCUAAAUAGUCAGUUGAGCAUCCAGGUGUUGCUGAGCCCUAUAGUCUGGAUUGGAGUAUGGCCAGGGUAGGAACAUAGAGAAUAGAAUUUAGACUCUCCCUUAAGCAGGAUCCACUGGUUUUGGGUGGCUCCAUGAAAACAAGGCUUUGAGACUGAACAAGAUACCUUCUAGAAAUGAGCUGUGCUAAUCUUUUCCCCCAAAUUAUAUGUCAUGAGUAGAAUGAGGUUCACAUGAUACUUCAGAGCCCUGAGCAGAAUAUUCUUUGGAACGCAAGCACCAGAGGCCACCUGCCCAGGAGUCCCCCUCCCUCAUUCCUGUAGGAAGGGGAGCAAUGAUAUUUCAGGACAUGAGAGGCUGUUCCUUUAUGUAUGCACCUGAGGGCUAGUUGAAGGAUCCAGGAGAGAGGGCUGUAUUUUCUUCUUGGGUAGGCUCUGAACAAAGCCAAAAAUUGUAGAAACCAGUCUAGAAGCAGUCCUCCUCACCUAUGGCUACUGCCUUCUGGUUGUCCUCUCCUUUGCGGAAAGAAUCUAGUCUUUGGCCUCACUCCCCUUCAUCUAGGUCAGCUGCUGUUCCCCUCACAGAUAUUCAACCCUACAGAAGGAGCUUGGACUAUGGUCCCUCUGUACAGGCUGGAUGGAGGAGGCAUCAACGUUCCUUGGGAAGUCAGAGACAAACUCUUUUAGGAGGUCGUAUGGACUUCUCAGGCCCUUGAUCAGAGAUGUGACGUGGUUCUUGGAUAUCCUUGGUAGCAGCCUCCUGGACCUCCUGAGGACUCUGUGUUAUCCACAGCUGUACUGGCCAUUACAUGUAACAAGAAACUAAGCAUCUUUGCUGUUGUUAAUUAUGUGCCACUGUUACAGGACAUUUUUGGCUAGUCUGUAAUAAAUUAUCUUAUAGCAACC